AUGUCUCGAGUAAUUGUUAAAAACCUACCAAAACAAGUAAAAGAAGAUCAAGUUCGCAAACAUUUCGAAGCAUUUGGACCUAUAACAGAUCUUCAACUAAAAUAUACCAAAGAUGGUAUAUUCCGUCGCUUUGCCUUUGUUGGUUAUCUGAAUGACGAACAAGCGCAACGAGCGAUCGACAAAUUGAGUAAAACAUACAUUGGAACAUCGAAGAUCGUCGUCGAGCAAUGUUUCGAUUUAAACGAUAGCAAUCGACCUCGGCCAUGGAGUAAAUAUUCUCAACAAACAAAUGAACUCGAAAAGAAGCCUGCCGACGAGAAGAAAGUCAAAACUAAAAAAGAAGGAAAUAGUCAGCUAGUUGAUGCCAUCCUCGGCGAUCUUAAAUAUGACGACAAAUUCAAGGAGUUCGUCAAAAAUGUGGAUUCAAUGAAGAAAAGUGAACAAAUUAUUUGGAAUGAUUCAAUGAAAAACACAGAAGACGAACCGAAACAAUCAUUGAAAUCGAGAAAAAAACAAGAAACUCGUGCACCGUCGCCUAUAAAAGAAAACAAACCACUCGGUCCUCGUUAUUUCAUCAAAAUUCUCGGACUACCCUAUUCCUCAAAAGAACGCGACAUUCGCCAAUUUUUCGCUCCCCUAUCCAUCAUCCACUGUCGUAUGAUUCACAAUCGUAAGACAAACGCCCUUUCAGGAGUUUGUUGGAUCGAGUUUGAAAACGAACAUGAUAUGAAUAAAGCGAUGCUCAAGCAAAAAUCCGUUUUGACCAUUGAAAAGACCGGUGAACAUCGUUAUUUAGAAUUAGCACCGUAUAUCAAGAACAAACAAUUACUAAACAAAUCAGCAUCAACUGCGAUGAAACCAUUGAAAACAUACGAACCUAUUCCAGAAUCCAUCGGUGAAACAGGAGAAUUGUUUGUGAGAAAUCUUUCCUACCGAACGGCAGAGCAAGAUUUAGAAACACUUUUCAGUCCAUUUGGACAAAUUACAUCUAUUAACAUGCCAAUCGAUAGUCUCACAAAACAACCGAAAGGGUUUGCUCAUGUAACAUUCAUGUUUCCUGAACACGCAUUACGAGCUUUCAAUGAACUUGAUGGACAUGCUUUUCAAGGACGAUUAUUGCAUAUUCUUCCAGGAAAAACACAACAACAACAAUCUCAACCAGAUUCAUCUGAGUCGAAUAACAAUCAGACACCAGCUUCUAUCGCAACAUCAUCUGAGCAAAAUUGGAAUACACUUUUUCUCUCGACGAAUGUCAUUGCUGAAAUCAUGGCUGAACGAUAUGGUCUCGAUAAGUCCUCGAUUGCUAGUUCAACAAAAAAGAACGACAGUCUUGCUGUGCGAUUAGCCGUAGGAGAAACUCAGAUCAUACAUGAAACUCGACAGUUCCUAAUCGAUAAUGGCGUUCAAUUAGAUUCAUUUAGCCAAGCAUUAUCUACCGCCAAACGGAGUAAAACAGUUAUUUUAGCAAAAAAUCUGCCAAUCAAAACGCAUGAUCAAGAUUUGAGAAUUUUAUUUGAAAAAUAUGGCAAAUUACAACGAAUUAUACUACCGCCAUAUGGUCAUUGUGCAUUAAUCGUAUUUGAAUAUCCACAGGAAGCACGACAAGCCUUUAAACAGCUGUCCUAUCGCAAAUUUAAAGAUAAUAAACCAUUAUAUUUAGAAUGGGCUCCAGGCAAUGUGCUAUCAACUCAUAUCAAAACAGAAGUUAAAUCGACUGACUCAGUCGUCGAAGAGCAAGUUCAACCAACAAACAUAAUCGAAGAGGAAAAGCAAGAUCAAAAACAGGAUGUAGCCGAGGAAGACGAGGAGACUUUUACGUUAUUCGUUAAAAAUUUGAACUUCGACACAACUGAUACCGAUCUGGAAAAUCAUUUUUCGCUCAUUGGUUCGUGUCGAGCGUAUGUAGCUAAAAAGAAAGAUCCUAAACGGCCCGGCCAAUUGUUAUCAAUGGGCUAUGGCUUUGUUGAAUUUCCGUCUUUGAAAUUGCUCAACGAAGCGCUUAAACAACUACAACAUUCUCAACUUCAAGGACAUCAGCUGGAGUUGAAACGAUCAGAACGUACGACAAAAGCAACUCCUGAAGCGAAAUCAAUGAAACGAAAACGACAGACCGAAAAAGAACAACAGACAAGCAAAAUCUUAGUUAAAAAUAUACCAUUCCAAGCAAAUCUCAGAGAAAUACGCGAAUUAUUUCGUGUGUUUGGUGAAUUGAAAUUUGUUCGCAUGCCGAAAAAGAUCGAUGAUGAACAUCAUCGAGGAUUUGGUUUUGUUGAUUUUGUCAGCAAGAAUGAUGCCAAAAAUGCAUUCGAAGCAUUGUGUCAUAGUACACAUUUGUACGGACGUCGUCUGGUACUCGAAUGGGCUGAUGAGGAGAACGAUACGAUCGAAGGACUGCGGAGAAAGACAGCUGCUGAAUUCGAUCUUAAUUCAACUGGUAAACGUGUUAAACGAUCCGAGCUACUGGGUGAUUUGCGUAAAAUGGGUGGCAGUGAUCAGACAUCGGAAAGAAAAACUACUGAAGAUGAUAAUGAUGAAUAA